AUGGUAAUUGAAGAUUGGCCAGCAGAUACCAUCACUGUAAAAGUGUCAAAUUUCUGGAUUAUACUACUUCAAAUCUGCCAAUUCAUGUCAUCCAUAAAGCUUCAGCGUUUGCCUUGCGAUGCGCUAUCGUCGACCGAUUGGGCCAUUGAUAUAUGA